AUGGCGGACAGCGGCGUAGUGACCGUCUACGGUAACGGCGCGCUUUGCGAGAGCACCAAGAAAUCCACCUUUUCUGUCAAGGUCGGCCUCGCCCAAAUGCUCCGCGGCGGCGUAAUCAUGGACGUCGUUAACGCCGAGCAGGCCAGAAUUGCCGAGGAAGCCGGCGCCUGUGCCGUCAUGGCUCUGGAGCGAGUCCCCGCCGACAUCCGCUCUCAAGGAGGCGUCGCCCGGAUGAGCGACCCCCAAUUGAUCAAGGAAAUCAAGCAGGCCGUCACCAUCCCCGUCAUGGCCAAAGCCCGCAUCGGGCACUUCGUGGAGGCUCAGAUCCUGGAAGCCAUCGGAAUCGACUACGUGGACGAAAGCGAGGUCCUGACCCUGGCCGAUGACGAGAAUCACAUCAACAAGCACAAUUUCCGGAUCCCUUUUGUCUGUGGUUGCAGGAACCUCGGCGAAGCCCUGCGCCGGAUCCGGGAGGGCGCGGCGAUGAUCAGGACCAAAGGCGAGGCCGGGACGGGCAACAUAAUCGAGGCUGUCAGGCACGUGAGGUCGGUGAUGGGAGACAUUAGGGUUUUGAGGAACAUGGAUGACGAUGAGGUCUUCACUUUCGCCAAGAAGAUUGCCGCCCCGUACGAUCUGGUGAUGCAGACCAAGCAGCUCGGGAGGCUCCCCGUGGUCCAAUUUGCCGCCGGGGGAGUGGCGACUCCAGCUGAUGCGGCCUUGAUGAUGCAGCUCGGCUGUGACGGCGUUUUCGUCGGCUCUGGGGUGUUCAAGAGUGGGGAUCCGGCCAGGAGGGCUCGGGCAAUUGUGCAGGCCGUGACCCAUUACACGGACCCUGAUGUUCUUGCAGAGGUGAGCUGUGGAUUGGGCGAGGCCAUGGUAGGAAUCAAUCUGAGUGACGCUAAGGUUGAAAGGUACGCCAAUCGAUCAGAAUAA